AUGCAACCGCAGAGAGGUCUUCGUCUGGCCCUGCCGCAAUUCCAGGUCCGGGGCGCGGGCCAUCGAUCGGGGCUGGGCCAGCUGGGGCUGCUGUCACGCAGCUGCCGCCGCGGGCACUGCUGCGGCAGCGGUCGCAGGCCAGAUCUUGCAGCCCCGCUAUCGCCCGUGGCCCCUCCACCCCCGACCCCUCGACACCUGCUGUCAACUUCUGGCCUCCCUCGUGCACCGCAACCCACCCUCACCCUCACCUCCUCCCUCUCCCACUCCCACUCCCACUCCCACAGAAGCUCUUUCAGGGCCAGCCCAGCUUUCAAGAUUUCGUCCCUCCGCACGGCCCAGAUUGCCCGCCACCUCUCGGCUUCUUCUUCUUCUUCCUCCUCCUCCUCCUCCUCUCCUCCUGUUCCUCCCACCAACCCAGGAAAAGAAGCAAGAAGACACCACGGCAACAUGUCUUCUUACACCACCCGCAAGGUCGCUGCCCCCUACACCCUCGAGCACCGCGUGUACAUCGAGAAGGAUGGCGUGCCCGUCUCGCCCUUCCACGACAUCCCCCUGUUUGCCAACCAGGAAAAGACCAUCCUCAACAUGAUUGUUGAGAUCCCUCGCUGGACCAAUGCCAAGCUUGAGAUCUCAAAGGAGGAGCUCCUCAACCCCAUCAAGCAGGACAUCAAGAAGGGCAAGCUCCGAUAUGUCCGCAACUGCUUCCCUCACAAGGGCUACCUGUGGAACUAUGGUGCCUUCCCUCAGACCUGGGAGGACCCCAACGUGGUCCACCCCGAGACCAAGGCCAAGGGUGACAACGACCCUCUCGACGUCUGCGAGAUUGGCGAGCUCGUUGGCUACACCGGCCAGGUCAAGCAGGUCAAAGUCCUGGGCGUCAUGGCCCUCCUGGACGAGGAGGAGACCGACUGGAAGGUCAUUGUCAUUGACGUCAACGACCCUCUGGCCUCCAAGCUCAACGACGUCGAGGAUGUCGAGCGUCACCUGCCCGGCCUCCUGCGUGCCACCAACGAGUGGUUCCGUAUCUACAAGAUCCCCGACGGAAAGCCCGAGAACCAGUUCGCCUUUACCGGCGAGUGCAAGAACAAGAAGUACGCCAUGGACGUCGUCCACGAGUGUGCCGAGGCCUGGGAGAGGCUGAUCACCGGCAAGACCCCAGCUGGCGGUGUCUCUACUACCAACCUGACUGUCAGCCACUCGCCCAGCCGUGUCUCCCCCGACCAGCUGCCCCCUAUCCCUGCCAACCAGGAGCUCCCCCCGGAGAAGAUCGACGCCUCGAUAGACAAGUGGUUCUUCAUCAGCGGGGCCUCGGCGUAA